UAUUGGGGAAUUAGAGACGGAUCAGGAAUUCAGGUUUGAAAGAGAAGGGGGAGAGAGAAAAAGGGCGGAGCGAGAGCGAGGAAGAGAAGAAGAGAAAGAACGAGCUCGCCGGGUGAGAGGAGGAAACUCUGCUUCGAGUUUUUGUUGGUGUUUCUUUCCGACAUUUUCUCUCUCUCAACUGAUUCCGUCCGUCACGUUCUCUCCGUCGAUAACAUGACUACAUCAAAGAGACUUGCGGAUAGGAAGAUUUCAAAGUUCGACAAGAACAUCAUGAAGAGAGGAGCUGUUCCUGAAGCCACUGCAAAGAAGGGGAAGGAUUACCCUGUUGGGCCUUUCCUCCUAGGAUUCUUCAUCUUCGUCGUCAUUGGAUCAUCUCUGUUCCAGAUAAUCAGGACGGCAACAAGUGGAGGCAUGGCUUAAGUAUGGCGGAUGAACUGAUUUUACUUUAGAGAAUGACAAUCGAAAAUGAGUUGUUUCGCAUGUUCUUUUCCCCCCUUAUCUAUAGCAUGUACUGAUGAGAAAAGAGUAAAAAUGAUGCGUUGAGAUGAGUUCGUGCACUGUGAUAAUGAACGGUUUCGUUAAAUCUCCUUAUAAUCUAUUGAUCAAAAACUAAAGUUGUACCAUGUAUGAAUUUCGUUCACCGUUCGAGCCACUGUGUCCCGAAAUAUCUACGAAUGCUCUGGAAUUCAACUAACAGUAGGAACUGAUGUGAUAUAGUGUAGAGACCUGUCACAGAUUGUUCAAGGCUUUGAUUGCCUUAAACCUCUGUUCUAUAUGUUUGGCUUGCUCAUGAAAGCUUUAUUC